AUGUCGUCAUACGACUCGCACCUGCUAGGCUCGUCGGCCGAAACGGCCCCGAUAGCCAUCUCGGAAACGCCGCAGAAAAAAAAAGGCGGACAUUUCAACCGAACCCCAAAUUCAGCUGGAGCAGCUUUCGGCUCGCUCGGUCGAUCCGGAGUUCGAGUUUCAUACAACUACUCGGAUGAAGAUGACGACGACGAAACCAACGAUGACUCGGAAUUCGACGAUGCGUCGUCCAUGUACUCUACACAGGCUGAGAGAGCCACCCAGGAACAGGAAGAGCUGCUCAAAAAGGCCCGCCCCCAGGCCAACUAUGGAGGCACCUCUAACGGUAACAACAACAACAACAAUAGCUACGGAGGAACCACUACCCACGCUCGAACCCGAGAAGAACGACGAGCAGUCUACAAGGCAUUCGAUGCGGCUGUGAGAAAGGGAGAAAUUCAGACUACUGCCAGCACGGAAACGAAAACGAUUCUCAAGUACUCGGCUCCACUAACCAUGACCUUCCUCAUGCAAUACUCGCUGACUGUCGCAUCGGUCUUCUCCGUCGGCCAUCUCGGUAAGAAUGAGCUCGCCGCAUGUUCUCUGGCCUCCAUGACCUCCGCCAUCACAGGUUUUGCUGUCGUCCAUGGAGUGGCCACCUGUCUAGAUACCCUGUGUGCACAGGCGUACGGCCGAAAAGACUACAAAAUGGUCGGAGUUCAUUUCCUGCGAUGCACAAUCUUUCUGUGGAUCAUCGCUGUGCCUAUAAUUCUCUUGUGGGCCGUUUUCGGACGUCAGCUGCUGCACCUGCUGCUCGACGAUCCCGAACUCAUCCAUUUUGCAGCCCUCUACCUCGAGGUCCUGGCCUGUGGUUUCCCCGCUUAUAUUCUGUUUGAAAACCUCAAGCAUUACCUGCAGUCCCAGGGUGACUUCAACGCCGGUACCUACAUUCUUCUUAUCUGCGCUCCCAUCAACAUCUCGCUCAACUACCUGCUGGUGUGGAACGAGCACUUUGGCUUGGGCUACGUGGGAGCCCCCAUUGCCGUCGUCUUCACCGACUGGCUCAUGGCCACCAUGCUGUCUCUGUACGUCGUCUUCAUCAACGGCCGAAAGUGCUGGUGCGGUUUCCGACCAGAUAACCUCUUCACCGGCUGGGGCAGAAUGAUCCGACUGGCUAUUCCAGGUAUCAUCAUGGUCGAAGCCGAGUGGCUGGCGUUUGAAAUUGUCACCUUCGCUGCCUCUAGAUUCGGAACUGACGCCCUGGCCUGCCAGUCAGUGCUGGUGUCUGUCUGUGGCAUCAUCUACCAGAUUCCCUUUGCUAUUGGCAUUGCUGCCUCCACUCGAAUCGCCAAUCUGGUUGGUGCCAACCUUACUGCUGCUGCCCGAAUCUCUGCCAGAAUGGCUGCUGUCAUCUCUCUUGUCUUCGGAGUGCUCAACAUGGCCUUCAUGCUGGGUCUCAGAGACACCAUUGGAAAGAUGUUCACUAAUGACGAGGCCGUUCUGCAGCUCGUGCGUGAAACCAUGCCCUUCGCGGCCCUCUUCCAGGUCAACGAUUCACUUGGGGUCAUCUCUGGAGGCAUUCUCAGAGCCCAGGGACGUCAGAGAAUCGGAGGAUAUCUCAACCUCUUUUUCUACUACGUCGUGGGUUUGCCGGCCGGUGUAAUCUUUGCCUUCCACUGGGGCUACGGCAUUGAGGGUUUCUGGAUCGGACUUACCAUUGGCGUCUUCUUUGUCUCCAUCCUACAACUCUACUUUGUGUGGAAGAGUAAUUGGAGAGAGAUUGUCAAGGAUGCUUUGAGAGACGGAAAGACCCAGGCCGCCACCACUCAUGCUUAA